GUCUGUGUUUGAGUGCACAAAAGGAGGCGGAGCUUCUGAGAUUUACCUCGUCAUGGGGAAGAUCACCUGUACUGCUAAGACGCUCAAACAUUCCGCUGUGUAUUACUCCUACUCUCAGUUUCACAAACGCUGAAGAACUUGGUGUCUUCCUUCAGAACAAGAAGAGGGAGGAACGUAAAAUAAUGUUUGUAUUACCAGCUUUGUUCCUGCUGAGGUCGCUGUUUCUCUGUGGCCAUGUGGAGGCCCAGUCCAGCAUCCAUGAAAUCAUGAAAGUGGCCGCAUUGAAACUGGACACACCUCUGACCUGUGACAAGUGGGACUGCAAGUGUGCCUUCGAGCGCCAGCGUAGCUGCUGCUGUGGCGCCAAUGAUUUGUACGCUCUGGAGGACUAUACCUUUGACAGGGUUAAAUAUUUGUGGGAGGAUAUCAGCACACUGAAGUACAGUGUAAUGGGGCUCACAGAGGGAUACAAGGUUUCCUUCAAGGCCACAAUGGACUCAAGGCUCGGUCCCUGCUUUGGACCCUUCAACACUGAUGUGCCAAUCCCGUACUCCUUAGUUGCUCUUAACGAUGGCAACGGAUACAACCCUUCCUUGGGUGCCUUCACCGCUCCUCGUUCUGGCGUUUAUCUCUUUUCCUUCACGGUCUACUCGGCUGUGGGGAGUGGGGAGCGCCUGUACCAUCAAAUCCAGAUGAAAAAGAAUGGGGUCGAUAUAGUCGGUGUGUGGGAGAAUAAUCGAGAGGAUGGAGAAGACAGUGCCAAUCAGGUUGCCAUACUUGAUCUUCAGAACGGUGAUCAGGUCUACAUGGAGCUGAUGUCCGGGAGGAAGCUCUGUGACCACCUGCAGUACAAUAUCUUCACUGGUUAUAUGGUGUACCCCAGCACUGAUGACUACUAUAGCAGAUGAACAUCCUGGCGCUCUGAGAAUCCGUAAUGACCUUCCACAAGCCCCAUAGUUUUUAGCAGAAAAAAACAAGAAUAAUGUAAACACACAUAGACUUGUGCAUAUAUAUGUAGACGCACACAAAUGGGUUCACAAUUGUGUGCAAUGCAGGAACAAAUCAAGUGACACCUUUGGAAGUAUUUGCAUUUCUAAAUGUUUGUGUCAAUAAACAACAACUUCAAAUACA